GAAUGACCAUGUGGCUUUCACAAUGGCUCAUCGGCUGUCACAACUGUCAGUUGAAAAGAUUAUCAUAACAACACCCCCUCCGUGUUGGGCACAUUUUCAUCGUACUUUUACUGAUUGAUAUCUGGAAAAUUAUACCAUUCCCCAGCACAAAAUGAGCGACGACUUCUUAAGUAAACCUCUAUCCUUCGGAGCUCCACAAUCUUCCGGAAUCGCCGCAAGUCCCCAACUGCAGCCUUUGUCGCCGUAUUUGAACUACGAUACUCGGUACCUGCAAACGCAACCCGAGUUUAUUUUUCCCGAAGGAGCAUCCAAACAGCGAGGACGGUUCGAACUCGCUUUCUCACAGAUUGGUUCCUCAGCUAUGAUUGGUGCGUGCAUUGGUGGCGCUGGUGGACUGUACAAUGGAAUGAAUGCAACGAGACUUGCAAACCAAACAGGAAAACUGCGUCGAACACAAUUGCUAAACCAUGUAAUGAAACAAGGCGCAGCGACCGCCAACACGUUCGGUACGAUAGCGGUCAUGUAUUCGGCGUUUGGUGUCCUACUACAGUAUGCUAGAGGCGAAGACGAUGAGAUUAAUACAAUUGCCGCUGGUGGUGCUACUGGUCUACUGUACAAAUCCACAGCAGGUCUUCGGAAAUGUGCCAUCGGUGGUGGCAUUGGAUUAGCGCUAACAUCAAUGUAUGUGCUCUGGAGUGUGGCUGGUGGAGGCUCAAAAAAACUGAGUGAUCUCAAGUCACAAUACUUGUAAAUGAAAGUAACUGGUUUAGAAUCUACUGUUAAUUUGUUAGUUUUAAAAACAAAAUCCUUAAUGUGAACAAUUCACCAUGAACUGCAUGAAACCGAGUUCAUGAUCAUGUUCAAAACAAUCGCGAGAAGAUGUGAUUUAACUACGAGCAUUCAACUAAGUGUAAAUUACUGUAGGCUCAUUUACGUUUAAAUCUUUCUCUCGAAAUGUAGGAACAUCGCGUGAAGCUGGUGCAACUACUUGAAACCUUACCAUAAUCGGGCAAUAAACUCGUAAUCGACAGAACAGUUCAGUCUAAAAUUGUAAACAGUUUUUUUUCUGUUUGAUCUUGGUUCACCGAAACAUUUAUGUAGUUUGUUUUCUUUGUUCUUUAUCGAAACUGUUUUAAGUUCUGUAAACUUUCAGAGGAAUGAUUUGAAAAAAGCAUAAUUUAUGGUGCAAUUAUUCACACUGAACUUUUUGGCCAUUAAACGCUUUGACAACAAACCAUCGUUUGACAGUCUUUGAGUGUAACCACUACGUAUCCACGCAUGUAAACUUCAAAUUAAUGGCUUGCUGUUUACAUUAAAUUGUGUGUGUUUGUUUGCAGUCGCUUCGGUUCAUUUGGAAUAAAUAUUCGUAAAUUUGGAAAUAAUCAGUGUGAAACCUAAACAUGAAUCAGUAUCGAAGCGAGAAGCAGCUCGCUUAUCUCUAUCCGAUUAUUGCGACCUUAUCUUUCGUGUGCUGUAUAUCGACAACCGUAGCAUGGCAGCACUGGCGAUAUGUGUUGGAUACUUGUGUUGAAACUAACUGCGGAUGUAUUUUGCAUGGCCGGUCAACUGCUACGUUUUUCACCGGAGGCCAUGUCGCCUAUUGUCACUGGGCAGCGUACGGAUUGGUGUUACCCAUAAUAUUCUGCUUUAUCUUUGGAAUAUUCCAUGUCUUCCGGGUAUGCUUCGGACGCCGUCGUCGCUACCCGGGUACAGCCACCGUUAGGCAAAGGUAAUUGUUCCGGGAAAGAAAUCUAUGGACAUUCUUAGUUGGCUAAGGGUUAGUCUGCCGUAAAACUGUAAAAUGGAAUACAGUCUGAACUCACUGGUUGAACUUCGAUUCUCUGCCAACUAUCGAAUAUGUGCUUUUUAGUUGGCACGUUUUCCAUACAAAAAAAAAUCUGAAAUUUUUCGCGGAAGACCUUUGAGAUUUUUGCGAAUUUUUCAAAAAACCAAUUUUUUCAUACCCUUUUUAAUUGAACUGUCAGCCAACUAUCGAGCGUCCAACUAAAAAGCAUACCAACUAAAGAGCGUUCAACUAUUGAAUUCUGACUGUAAUUGCAAAUGUUUUACAAUUAGACAAAUUCAAGCAAAACUAAUUGUGCUAUAUGAACACCAUUGUACAUUAUGUGUGUGAUUAUUGUUCCACAGAUCUGGAGAUGUAAUUUUAAUGACGACCAAAACUGAUGUGGAAGAGGACGACAUCAGUCCUUACUACUGGAUACCGGCUAGCGUCAUUGGAAGUUUGAUGGCGGUUCUUACGCUUGUACAUGCUGCGAUGUAUUUGGACGGAUUCUUGACUACCUGCAAGCAGCAACGCAACGAACUUAUCAAGUAUAUGCAGGCAAACGGCAGCUUAGUACCCAUCAUUCAAAGCCGCAUUUCAUGUUCAUCGGUAUUUGAUUUUAUGGAUUAUUUACAUUUGGACGUUUCGUUCGACAGACACCGAGAGGGAAGAAUUAAUACAGCAGCUGCAUUGAUUAUAGGUUUAGUUUGUUCGUGGAUUUGUGUUGGUUUGUGGAUUUGGACGGUGGUAAUCAAUGCUAAACGAGCACGCGCCAGUAAAGACUUGCGCAUUUAAUACUGUUACGAGGGCAAUCACGAUCGUUUGAAGUGAUAGUAUUAGGCAGCUUUUAAGAUGCAUUCCUUACAUGCCAUGCAUACCGAUUGUGCCUUCAUUUUAAAGAAUGUAAGAUCUACACAUUUUUACAAAUUUUCAUAUUUUAUCAAGCACACGAGUAGAGUAGACAUUCCGAAGAAAAGAGAAAAAAAAACUACGAUUUGCACGAAUCGGUGUUUUACCACCGUAUUUUUUUUAAAUAAAACUUAAAUGAAUGGUACUAAAUCGUAAAUACCAUAUGUACAACUUAAAA